AUGGACCAGUCAUAUGCUCCUCGGUCUCCCGAACUGUCCGGAUACGCGCCUCGCUCUCCAGACCUGACCGCAUACCGACCUGUCUCUCCUCAAGUUCAGGAUCAAUACGUUCCCAAAUCUCCUGAUCUUUCUGGGCUGCAACAACCUCAGCACUCCUACGUGCAGCAAACACCUGCUCAUACAAGCUUUGGCCUGGAUCAGCAGCAGCACAUUCCACAAACAUAUCCUCCUCAACAGUCAGGUUACACACUCUCCCACCACUCUCUGCAACAGCCCACGCAGUCAUAUCAAUCUGAUCCGUACCAACAACAACAAUUCGGCUUCGGUCAACAGCCUGCCUACCAACAACAAUAUCCUCCCUACCCCGAGAUGCCUGUUCAAACCCGUAACAGGAGUGUGCGCACGCCUGCCGAGGUCGGAAGCUACAACUACGAUAAUGGCAACAUUAAAGAGGAGGAGCCCGCAUGGGAACCACAACCUGCAGCACAAACACCUGCUCGUCGUGGCAGAAAGCCCAAGAGCGAGGCUGGCAAUGGUGCUGCCCCUCCAACUCCCAUGAAGAAGAUGGACACUGGCGGUGUUGAGGUCAAGACAAAGUUCCCGACUGCAAGGAUAAAGCGCAUUAUGCAGGCUGAUGAGGAUGUGGGUAAAGUGGCUCAAGUCACCCCAGUCGUAAUGGCCAAAGCACUCGAACUGUUUAUGAUCCGCCUCAUCACCGCCAGCUCUGGCGUCGCAAAACAGCGUGGCUCCAAGCGCGUCCUCUCACAGCACAUGAAGUCUGCAGUAAUGCAAGACGAACAGUUCGACAACCUCAGAGACAUAGUCGGCAGGGUGCCAGAUGCCCCAGCAAAAGGUGCCAACGGUGAUGACUCUGAAGACGAGGAAAGCGCUCCCAAGAAAGGCGCAGGCAGAGGAAGAAAGGCAGGCGCAGGAGCCGGCGGUGGCAGAGGAAAGAAGAGAAGAGACAGUGACGACUUCUGA